AUGCAUUUCUGUACUCAUUGGCACGAUUGGUUUUAUCAAGAGCCCAACGUUGCGGUGGACCCUGCCGGCGCUGCAGCACGCCGGCGCAAGCCCCGCGAUAGACGCCGCUCCCCGCCCGCGCCGGCGACGUCGACGCCGCAGAGGAUCUCCGCCGAAGAACUAGCCGAGGCCCUACGCCCGCAUCUGCUAUCCCCCAAGCGGAUGUGGGCCCUGGGCUACCCCUUGGAGAUAGAGCCCAACUCGUCCAAGGCCGUGGUGUAUAUUAACCCGCCGCCGCGGCCUCGACCUUUUAAAUCGUUUGACGUAAAUGCGCCGGAAUUCGUCCCCAGCGGAUCCCAUAGUGACAGUGGCAGGGGGUCUUGGGGAUCGACCCCCCGCUCCGAAAGUGAUGAAGAAGCGGAUGCAGUGGAACAUUUAUGUGUGCGUUGUGAUAAAAUGUUUAGAAUGACUCGUGAUGGCGAAUAUGUUUUUGAAGACAGUUGUGUGUAUCAUUGGGGACGUAUUAGCAGUGAUUCUCGCCACACAUGCUGCGAUGCGCCUUUCGGCUCGAGAGGAUGCAGUACGGCGCGCUUUCACGUAUGGAGCGGCACUAAGCCUGGCAUGAAUGGACCACUUGAAGGAUAUGUGCGUGCUCGAUCACCAAGAGGAGGUAUUUAUGCGAUAGAUACAGAGAUGUGCUACACAACGGCUGGUCUCGAGUUGGCCAGUAUUGCCGUAAUAGCAGCAGACGGUCGACUUGUGUACAGGUCGCUAGUAAAGCCCAGCUUCCCGGUGGUCGACCACAACACACGCUUCUCAGGCAUCAGGCCGCGCGACUUGGCGCGCGCGACUAAGACGCUAAGAGAUGUUCAAAACGAUAUACUUGGAUUCAUCGGAAACGAUACAAUAUUGAUCGGGCACGCCUUGGAGAACGACCUAAGAGCUUUAAAGUUAUUGCACGGUGCAGUUGUGGAUACUUGUGCAUUAUAUCCUCACUCUCGAGGCUUUCCGCUACGUCGAUCUCUACGGGCUCUUUCGCAAGAGUUGCUCGGCCGUAGCGUGCAGCGAAGUAGCUCCGGCCACUCGCCCCUUGAAGACGCUCGCGCAGCCUUGGACCUGGUUCUCCUGAAGGUGCACGAGGAACGCGCACAACAAGUCCUUACGAAUCCACUCCCAAUUCUACAACCUUACGACCCCCUUAUUUGUGCCGCCUAA